CCUCCCUCCUGCUGCAGCCAGCAGGUCACUCCCUCAGUCAGUACUGUCAGCAGCUCUCUGCAGCGCGCCUCACAACUUACAGCCACGCACUGAACUAACUAACUUACUCCCAUUCCUACCAACUUUUUCCCAGGAUUUGUUUUACUUUUUAAGUGUUUUUUUAGUAGUGUUUAAAGUCUUGUGGCUCUUCACCGGGAGGAUUUACGGUUUCCGUCGUUUCAAAGCAGCAGCAGCAGCAAUGUCCAGCUGAGGAGUGGAGGAGAUCCUGAAAACCGCAGGGCCUGUUUUUGUAAUGAUUAAUCAAUGCUUCCACAAUGGCGAAUAAGGUACAAGUUUUAUAUGACUUCACUGCUGAGGCUGGAAACAACGAGUUGACGGUGAAAGAAGGCGAGACGCUUACGAUCACCAAUCAGAGUAUCGGAGGCGGCUGGAUUGAAGCACAGAACUCCAGAGGGGAGGUUGGACUGGUGCCAGAAGACUACAUUGAUUUGAGUAAGGCGUUACCGUCGUUCCCAGGAGUAGGAACUGCAGCAUCUACUCCAAGUGCAGGAAAUGUUGCACCUCCAGACCUGUCCAUCUUUGAUUCCUACGCUCCCACAGCAGCACCUGCUCAAACCCAGGUGGAUGCUGGGGGCUUAAGUCCCCAGCCGGACACCCCCGACACCCCCGUUUCCCCCUACCUUUCGUCCCCUGAUGAGGCUAGCAACGGUAAUGAUCCCUGGUCGGUGUGGAACGCGGACCCGUCGGGGGGCUCCAGCAAUAACUGGGCGUCCAAUCCAGAGGGCACCCAGACUGGGAAGAGUCCCCCUGACCCUUGGAGCGCCGCAUCACAGGGCCACCCUCAGGCGUACCAGGGCCCAGACAUCUACCCGUAUCCUUACCUUAUCGAUUACACAGGAGCGGAGGACGAUGAGUGGGAUGAUGAGUGGGACGACAUAAAGUCCACUGGAGGUGAAGAAUCUGGAGAAAGCGGAGCGAUGCAGAGAGGAGGAGCUCAUGCGUCCUCAAUGAAAAUCUCCCUCAACAACAGGUUUCCUGGGUUCUCCAAGUCCGGUCCAGAGCUCUACCUCCUAUCCAAGCAGGUCGCUAAGGGCAAAGAGAAGCUGACAAUCUAUCUUGGAGAAGUUGGUCCGGUGUGGUCUUACCCAGAAACUCAGCUGGACUGUGUGGUGGCUGAUCCCAAGAAAGGCUCAAAGUUGUACGGCCUCAAGAGCUACAUCGAGUACCAAAUCACACCCAAUACCACAAACCGCCCAGUCAAUCACAGAUACAAGCACUUUGAUUGGCUGUACGAGAGGCUUCUAGACAAAUUUGGGUCAGCCAUCCCCAUCCCCUCUUUACCAGACAAGCAGGUGACGGGGCGAUUUGAGGAAGAGUUUAUUAAGAUGCGUAUGGAGCGGUUGCAGGGCUGGAUGAUCAGGAUGUGCAGGCACCCGGUUGUGUCCAACAGUGAAGUAUUCCAGAUUUUCCUCACCUACAAGGAUGAGAAGGACUGGAAGACGGGGAAGAGAAAAGCAGAGAAAGACGAGACGGUGGGAGUGAUGGUCUUCUCCACGAUAGAGUCUGAAGGUGCCGACCUGGAUCCUGCGGAAGUGGAGCAGAAAUGUGAGCAGUUCAGCAGGUUCACCAAAGCCAUGGACGACGGGGUGAAGGAAAUCCUCACAGUGGGCAACGAGCACUGGAAGAGAUGUACAGGCCCUUUGCCAAAAGAGUACCAGAGAAUCGGCAAAGCCUUCCAAAACCUCUCUUCGGUCUUCACCAGCAGCGGAUACCAAGGCGAGUCGACCCUGACUGACGCCAUGACGGCAGCGGGCAAAACAUAUGAGGAGAUAGCUCAGAUGGUGGCAGAGCAGCCCAAGAAAGACCUCCACUUUGUCAUGGAGACCAACAAUGAAUAUAAGGGUCUUCUUGGAUGCUUCCCGGACACCAUCGGAGUCCACAAGGCAGCGAUAGACAAGGUGAAGGAGGCCGACAAGCUGGUGGCCACCAGUAAAAUUACCCCUCAGGACAAAGUCACCAUGGCUAAACGAGUCAGCACCAUGUCGUACGCGUUACAAGCUGAGAUGAACCACUUCCAUAGCAACCGUAUCUAUGACUACAACAGGGUCAUGCAGUUGUACUUGGAGGAGCAAGUCAAGUUUUACGAGACGAUUGCUGCGAAGCUGAGACAAGCACACAGCCAGUUCACUACAAUGUGAAAGCCUUCAGUCUCGCACUACAAGACAAGAAGAGUCAAAGCAGCUCAACAUCCAAAAUUAUUCUUGCUUUCACCGCAUUCUUUUCCCUCCCUUUAAUUUAACUUUCACAUCUUUCUCUCUUGCUCUCACCUCAUCUCUUCCUUUACUGCUCAUCAUGCCGACAGCCCAAGCUCAAAGUGUUACUUUCGCCCCGCCGUUUUCACAAGUUUAUGAACAGUUUAUGAGCAUGUGCAGCAGCUGAAAAGGCUUUGACACUUUUUUUUUUUAGGGCCAGCAACGAUAGCAGAACAAGACACUUAUUACACACCCUUUCCUCCGUCCGAGGAAGUAAUCACCAUGAAUUGCUACAUAGCAUUAUAAUGUGAUGUAAGUUCUGUACAGCUAUAGGUGUCAACAUGCUUGUGCUCACAUUAUGUCUACUUAUUUUAAAGCAAUACUCUGCAGUUUUUUCCUUGUUUAGAAAUGGUAAAGGAAAGGGUUUACACGUGUGACGUACUGACACCGAAAAACCAAUGUCGUCCUCCUUUCAAUAGGAACAUUUCUGAAUGCAGCAUUGGCAACAAAUCAGAGCUUUACUGGCUUUUUCUCAGCCGAUAUUUGAAUUUUUUUUUGCCUCUUAUAAGUGCCUUAAACAUUUGAGAGUCCUAACAUCUUCGGUAAAAGCAGUAGAACUGUCUUUGUACAAAUCCGAGUCUUGGAAGAGUCGUCAAAGGCCGAGUGUGUCCUCCUCUUUACGUCCACUGCUGGCAGUCCCUACUAGCCCCCCUUUCAUCCUGCACUUCCUCAAAGAGCUAACAGGAAGCUCCACCUCCUUCCUGUCUUGCCCCUUUGAGGAAAACAGAAAUGGUUGCCCCCCGAGCCUGCAUACCAUAACGCUGCAGUUUACAUUUCAUGAGAGACGACAAAAUGUGGGAUGCAUAAAGUUGGUGUUUUUAAGCGUUGGAAAUUAAAGCCAAAGGUCUGAAUUAAUACCUCCCUCCUCCUCCUCGUCCUCCUCCUCCUCCUCCUCUCUCCCAGUUCUCCUGAUGAAUAUUUGUCCUUUUGUUUUGACCAGAUUACGGUGUUUUAUAUGAAGGUGUAACAGCAAUGUGAGCUGUACUAUAAGAAGAGUUUGGGACGGAGCCAUGGAUUAUGUCACGUAUGCAGUUUUGUUUUUCACCACCCUGUUUUCAAUCAGCCUCUAAUCUUGUUCACUCUUUGUUUUCUUAUCACUUGACACAUGACAAAUAUACAUAUAUAUAAAUAUAUAUUCUAUCUGACCUAUCAGGUGCUUCUUGUCAUUGAGAUACUAUUUUAUGUAUAGGAGUAUUUGCAAUACAGUGUAACUCAAAGAGCAGCAGAAAUUCAGUUUGAUUUAUUAAACAAUGAUUUGUACUCAU